CUUUCAGCCAGUUCUCCACUCCCAGUCUCCCAUACCGAACUCUUAUCUCUCUCCCUCUCCAAUGGCGGCCCAAGCUCGAAAAGGCGGAAUCUCCCUCCCCGAACGGAGGAACCCUAAGAAGGAAGACGACGGCGUGAUCGCGAAGCUCUCGCAGUCCCAAAUUGUCGUCCGGGGCAAGCAGGCCGCAAACGACGCCGCAUUUGUCACGAAGAAGCUCAUAAAGAGCACCGGAAAGGCCGCCUGGAUCGCCGGCACCUCUUUCCUCAUAUUGGUGGUGCCGUUGAUCAUAGCCAUGGACCGCGAGCAGCAACUGAACGAGCUCGAGCUCCAGCAGGCCAACAUCCUCGGCGCUGCGCCGCCCCAGAAGUAAGUCGAGCCGGGUCGGGUCGAGUCUGAGACAUCGGUACCUUUCCUCCUUUUCUUUUGACCUUUCUGUAUCUCUAGGGUUCGAGAUUGGUGAAUCUGUUUUGGGGGAGGGGGUUUUCUGUGAUGAUUCCGUAAUUUCUUAGGGUUUAGUAAAAUUCGAUUUGGGAUAACAAUAAUCUUUAGGGGUGGUGUUUUGAUUUUGAGGUAUUGAAAGUAGAUUGAAUUAUUGAAACUUCCGGCGGUGCGUUUGUAUGAAUCUUAUUUGAGAAUAACAAGUUUUAGAGCCGAAUUUGUUUUCA